AUGGCCAUGGGUGUUCUGAAGUCCAUCACCCUCAAUGUGGACCAGCUGGACAUGUCUGACCCGUCGACUGUCCAGUCUGUGGGAGGAUCUCUGGUGGAGUCCGUUGGUUCUCUGCUUGAGGACCCAGAGAGAGAUGAAGAAGAGGCUGAUGUGAAGCUCACUUCUGAUCUUGAGGAGGACCAGAGUCUCUCUCCAAAGGAGCGCCUUCAAAAGGUGGAAGAAAAGAAGCAGGAGAACCAAGCUAAGAGAGGAAGAUUUGUCCAGGAAGGCCGCCAGGUCCUGGAGGGUCUGUACAACGCCAUCAUCAGCGCCACGAGGCCAGGAGCCCCGGCGGUCACCAUCAAGAGAGGCGGCAUCACGCUGCGUGCCCAGAGGAUCUGGGGCGACCAGUUUGGAGGCCAGGUCGUGCAGACGGAGGAUGGGAGCUUCCAACUUCCAUCUAAAACAGCGCUUUUCGCGGACUAUACGCCGCACAACGUCGCUAUGAAGUUGACACAGUUUCAACAGAACCCUUUUACCUGGGGGCGUGGGGAGUACCAACCACAUUCGUCUGUCAUGGAACUGUCACUCCAACAGAACAACUUCCCCGUGGCCUUCAACAACCUAACUGAACACUUCAACAUCACCAUUCCGGCCAAAUCCGGAAACAAACCAGCGACAACAACUGUCACCAUCCCUGCCCAAGGAAACGGAAGUUCCAGCUACCAUUUGCUGAACCUCACCAACGCCGCAGAAGGCUUCCUGGUCACAAUCACCCCGCUGAACACCAGCGUGGUUUACCGUGUGUCGGGCAGGUACGGCGGCCGCCCUGGUGACCAAAACUACAACAUGUCCACAGAGACGUACAUCCUACCCGAGGAGUGUGCCUUGAUGAAAACUCUGAGUGGCGAGGAAGACACAGAGAAGACAGAGGCAAGAAUGUUCGUCUCGGGAGAGGAUGGUCCUGUGGAUUACAACAUCAAGGUCCAAAUAGUUGGACCAGUGACGGAGUGUGGCAGUGAGAAAAGAACCGACGUGAAGAAGCCACACGCCGCUGACUUCUACGCCUACAAGAUGGAGUGGGCCCGUUUGGGCUGUGUCUUCUGGAGCGAGACACAGGAAGCCUGGAGAACGGACGGCUGCUCGAUAAGCAAUCAGUCCACCAUUAACAGCACUAUCUGUCACUGCAACCAUCUGACAGCCUUCGGGACUGACUUCGCCACACCGCCGAACACCAUCGUGUUCAAGGCGUUGAACUUCAGGGAUCUUGCAGACAACGGCUCCGUUGUGGCGACCAUCAUUGCGGGGCUCUGUCUCUUCUCGUUCGCAUCAGUCGCGAUCAAGAUUGCUGAGCGUAGAGGAAAAGGGAAGUUAAGUGGAGCUGUAAGGUUGGACAACCUUCAGGACAACUUCCUGUACCGCCUACUCAUCUGGACAGGUGGAGCUAGGCAUGCUGGGACAGAGUCUACCGUUGCCUUCAAGCUGUUCGGAGAUGCAGCAAACUCUGAUGUGAGACUGGUCCACAUCACAGAGAAGGUUUUCACCCGAACCAGCCAGGUGACCCUGACCUUCAGCACAGCAGAACAGCUGGGUAAGGUGGAGCUGCUGCAGCUCAUGCACGACAACAGUGGGGAGGGGAGCCGCGCAUCGUGGCAAGUGGACCGAGCAGCUGUUCAGGAUCUCACCACGGGCAAACUGUUCUAUUUCUUCUGCGACGAGUGGCUGGCAGCCGACCGCGGGGACGGGCAGGUCGUGAAGACCUUUCCUGUCGCCUCUGAGGAGGACCUGCGAUCCUUCGGGUUCCUGUUCCCGGCAAGUCUGCGCCAUAACCUGGCAGAGGAACACCUAGUUCUGUCUGUUGCCUUCAGGCCUGAAGGUAGCACAUUCACCCGCAUCGAGAGGCUUGGCUGCUGCCUGAGUUUCUUCGCUGCGUCCAUGGUGUCCAGCGCCAUGUGGCUGAGGGAUGAAGUAGAAACCGAGAUCGUGCAGGGCCUCAUCGUGGGGCCGUUCUCCUUCACCUUGAACGAAGUCUACACGGGGUUCAUGGCCAGCAUCACCUGCCUUCCCGUGGUAACAGCCAUAGUGCUGCUGUUCCAGUACAGCCGGCCGAGUAGCAAGGACGACCGCCGGGUCAGAGACGUGGAGAUGGGCGGCCCACCCACCCAGAGGGGUCCAGCCAAGCGCCUGCCACACGGGUGCAGGUACGUGGCCUGGGUGCUGGCGAUGCUGUCCUUCCUGGGGUCGGCUGUCUUCACCACGCUGUUCAGCAUGCAGUGGGGCAGGGACAAGACCAACAAGUGGCUGUCUGCGUUCUUCAUCACCUUUCUGGCAGACGUCUUCCUUAUGCAACCAGGGAAGAUAUUUCUUCUUGCCAUCUUCACUUCAUCCCUUCGCAAGACACGAGCCGUCAAGAAGAUUUUUGAAGAGAAAUGGAGCCACGUUUGGAUCGAAGCCAAUGCUGUGUCAGGCUGCAACUGGAAGGCAUUUCGCACAAGGAGGAAGAUGGAGCAACUUUCGAUGACGUCCCUUAUCAACAUCAAACAAGCAAGGAAGAAGCAGCGCAGGGACAGGAGGAAUGGCGAAAUCCUUCGGGACAUCAUGGUGUCUUGCUUUUACGUGCUGCUUGUCCUCAGCAUCACCAACGAACACCAUAACACCACCCAUGCCUUCUAUCAGACACAGAGCGCAACCAACACCUUUGUGCAGUCCUUGGACGAGGUAAAUGAUGCUGAUACCUUCUGGUCCUGGCUGAACGGGACCGCUCUGGAGAACUUCUACCCAGAGACUUCCUACAAUGACAACAAGCUUCGCUGGCAGGAGAAGGGCUUCACAGCAGACAUGCAGUCGGUCCUGGUCGCCCCGCCUAGCAUGAUCCAAGCCCGAGUAAAGCCAGGGCUGUGCACUUUGCCAGCAGCAAUGCAGCAGUCGUUUGACGAAUGUUCAUCAGGGUACGAUGAACACACCAAGGAGACCGGAGCGUUCCGAAAGGGUUGGGAAAGGGUCAUGAAUACAUCAGCGAUGGAGUCAGAAGCCCCUGGAUGGACCUACCUCCACGGUGGAUACACCAGUCUCCCCAUCUACGGUGUGACAACGCAGUACUGGGGAGACGGCUUCGGGCUGAACCUGGGAAAAUCUGCAGACGAGAUGCGCAGCAUCCUGGCAGAGCUGAAGGCCAACCGUUGGAUCGACAAGCGGACGAGGGCCAUCUUCUUGGAAGCGUUGCUCUACAACGGGAACCUGGAUCUGUUCACAUCGGUGACGAUGGUGUUUGAAUUCUCCGAGACGGCCGGAGUUUUCUCCCAUCAUCGCGUGCAGGCCUUCCGACUUCACCAACGGCCGGGGACGAUCGGGUACAUCUACGUCCUGCUGGAAAUCACUUACGUCAUCGUUCUCCUCUACACACUGUGGAAAGAGAUGAAAACUGCACGCGCAGCCGGCUUGGCCUACCUGAGGCAGCUAUGGAAGGUUCUGGAAAUCUUCAAUUUCUUCUUGGCAUUCACUGUCAUCGCCUUGUACGGCUUCAAGAGAAGCUACAGCUCCAUGGCUCUGGCAGCGAUCAAUGCUGGGAAAGAUGAAGUCCACCAUUUCCGAUCUGCGGUGAACGUGAGCCUGGUUUACGGCUGGUUCCUGGCCUUCCUGACGUUUGUCAACAUGAUGAAGCUCCUCCAGCUGCUGAGGUUCAACCCAUUCCUCGCCAAGCUGAUGUCCAUGAUCCGAGGGAUGUCGGUGCAGUUCGCUUCCUUCACCGUCUACCUCUUCCUCGCCAUGUCAGCAUUCGGCGUCUACGGUUAUCUCAAGUUCGGCCUUAUUGUGAAGGAGUACAGCACCAUCAGCAAGUCCUUCUCCACCCUGUUCCAAAUGACUCUUGGAAACUUCUACUACUACGAGCUGCGGGAGGCAUCCCCCAUCUCCGGCCCCAUCUUCUUCAUCACUUUCACUUGCAUAAUCUUCCUGGUGCUGAUGAACAUCGCCAUGGCGAUCAUCGACAGCGCCCUUCCCGAUGUGCGGAACCACAUCAUGUCUGAGGAUGACCAGUACUUCAUCCAGGGGUUGUGGGAACGCUUCACGGCCUUCUUCGGGUUCUGGAAGGUGCCAGUCACAGAAAACAACUCCUUUGACACUCUUCAUGACAGCCUGGUCGAGGUGGAGAUUAAAGUGGAGAAACUGUGGCUGCAGAGGCAGUUUCUCUUCAACCUCAAGAUGAAGGACGCAGACCUCCCCGCAGAGCCUGAGUUUGUUCCGACUGUCAAAGAUGUUCCCGAUGCUACAGCAGUGGAACUUCAUGUCCCCAAAGGAGGCUGCCGCAUCAUCGCGGUCCGUCCUGCCUCCCCAAACAGCCGCGCAGGCGACAGCAGUCAAGCGAUCUGCUCCGACAGCAAGGCGCCAGUGGUGGUGGUGGCAUCCGGGUCUCUGCCAAAAGAGGACACCCAGGAAAGCCACCAAACCAAGCAAGCCAUGAAAAUAAUGUCCAUCCUAUCCAAGGGGGAUGAAAGUGGCAAGAAGUUGACCAAGAGAGUCCAAAUUGAUCUGAACCUGAAUCGUGUUUUUCGCUAUAGGUAUUAUUACUAUAGGGAGAGUGGAGUGGGGAGGCCAAUUGUCAACUUGAGCGCUGGUGACAAGGCGGUUCUGACAAACAACGAGAUGCUGACAGACGACCUCAUCCAGGCUGCCCAGAGGCUGCUCCACCACCAGUACCCGGCACUCCAAGGCCUGGAAGACCCUACAGUUGGUCUCUGCGAGGACGGGUUUGCCAGGAUGACAGGAAAGGGGCUACAAAUCCACCACAACAGAAGAGAGCACUGGGUUCUGUCGUCUUACACAGACGGACAGGUGCGCCUGUAUGACAGCAUUGGCGGCGACAUGACCACAUAUCUGCAGGUCCAGCUUUACCAGACCUACGCCGCGUUUGCCGACCAAGAGAGGAACGUCCUGACCAUCAUCCUACCAGAGGUACAGCGUCAGACGAACGUCGUUGAUUGUGGGCUGUUUGCCAUCGCCUGGGCAGUGGACAUCGCACAGGGGCGAGACGUGAGCAGCAUUGCGUAUGACAACAGGGUGAUGAGGAGCCAUUUGAAGAAGUGCUUGGAACAAGGGAGGCUCACACAGUUUCCUCAUCUGACCAGCCAGAGGAAGAAAGUCGGUUUCACCAGGGUCAGCAGAAUCUCGCUGGUUUGCUGCUGCAAGCAGGAGGAGGGUCUGGGAAGGAUUGAGGCAUGCGGGCGAUGCCAGAGGAUCUUUCACGUCAGCUGCCUGCCAGUCAACCCUCCCAGUGAUGGCACAUGGGAAUGUGGAGACUGCACCGUGUAAAGUACAAAAUGCACCAUAAAAACUACCUAACAAAUGGAGCCAAGAGUAAACUGUAUUUUGUUUCCUUGCAGAAGGAAAAAAAACAAUGAUGGAAACAUGUCGUGGUUGUCUUUGGAAUUGUGACAAAAAUGUGUAAUAUGUGACACUGUUUAAAACAUUUGUAAAUAGCAAGAAUUUUCAGGACUUUGAAAGCAUUUUUAAAAAAUGACGGAAAUAAUACUGUCAUGGCCCGGACAAAGGAACAUUGACAAUUGAUGCAGGAUCACAGACAAUGGACAAUGGAUACAUCACUAAAUGUGAUCACACCACAAUUAUUGAUAUUUAUGUUUUCCUUCUGCGAAUUGUUAUGCCUUAUGGCUUCAUCACACCACAAAGUUUACUCAUAAGACUUGCCUUGUAGUAAAUAAUAUCCUGGCUUUGAAGUACAUUGUCAGGAACUUUGUUGUCAGUACAUUGCACAGAUACUGGAAUGCUUUGAUAAUGUUAUCUUACAGUAUCAUGUUAUGGGUGUGUUACUACUUGUUACAAUUAAUGUGUAAUAUGUGACACUGUUUAAAACAUUUGUAAAUAGCAAGAAUUUUCAGGACUUUGAAAGCAUUUAAAAUUACGGAAAGAAUACUGUCAUGGCUUGGCUAAAGGAACAUUGGCAAUGGAUGCAGGGUCACAGACAAUGGAUACAUCACUAAAUAUUCACUGUUGUAACUUAGCCAUGACUUAAUAACAAAGAACAUGUCACUUGUGUCACUUUCAUCAUCAUCAUCUUCGCCACAUUUAGUGCUUAGCACUGAGGCGAGCCGUCAUUUUUAAUAGUGUUUUAUUAGGGUUUGAUUACUACAAAAACAACUGCUUGUAAAAUAUUGCUUGUGCUUUAUUUCUGUACCACCUUGUCCAGCGAUUGUAUCUGAUGUACAUUAGAAAAGCUGAUGGAAACAGGAGAUGUGUGCUUAUGUCCACAGGGAAAAGAAGGUCCCUGUGAGGAAGCUUUUUGUAAAUAGAGCUGUAGCAUGUCUUUGAUUGAUAAUGAAAAAAAAUGUAGCAAACAGGAAACUAUCACUAAGAUUUUACAUGUAGCAUGUCUUUGAAAAUGAGAAAAAAAAUGUAGCAAGCAUGUAGGAAACUAUCCCUAAGAUUUUACAUGUAGCUUGUCUUUGAUUGAAAAUGAAAAAAAAAAAUGUAGCAAACAAUUAGGAAACUAUCACUGAGAUUUUGCAAUGUGGAAUGGACUUUACAAGCAAAUAACACCCACCAAAACAGCAACAAAUUUCCAGCUUGUUGCCUUUAGCAAGGACAUUACAGUAUAAUGUCCUUGCUUUUAGUAUUAUGCCAAUAUGUGAAAAAGUCCAAGAUUAUGCCUUUGUAUGAGGAUGAAUAAUUGGCCAUUCCACAUUUUGCUAACAGGACUUUGUUGUAACAUUUUAAAAGUAGGUUUAGAAUUACUUUACCAGGGCUGGAAAUAGAAACUCCAAAUUCGAAUACAUAAUUAUUUCAAACUGUAUGUAAGGCCACACCAAUUUGAUUUUUUCAGAAAAAAUAUGAAGCGACAGGGCGAAAAAAGAA